CCGGCGCCCAAUCGAGUCAGGUCCACUACGCGCAAGGCCUGUCAUCAUCCGGCGUUCAGGCAGACCGUCUUUUCCGACACAGUUGAUCGAGCAGCUAGACAUCGUCCCCAGUGUGUUUGCGGAGUAAUUUUUGGCGAGCGCUUGUUCCAGCAUUGAAAGCAUCUUUCCCCAAAAUGACGAUCGUUGGUGGAGGACGGAUGGUGCUGCUGUUCGUGGGCGCGCUGGUCGGCCUGAUGAUCACAUCGCAUAACGCCUCGGCUCAGCAACCGAUCGACAAGAUCUUCUUCCCGGAGAACGAUACGAUUCUGGGUUUUGCCAACCGUGUCGGAGAGGGUGACACCGUGGCUACCACGAAGGAUCCGCUGGAUGCGCUUUUGCCGACGCAACGACCCAUGACGCUGCUCACGGCACAGGGGGAACAGUGUACGUGCGUACCGUACUUCACCUGCCGACCGCAGCCCGAAUUUGCCGAGCAGAACAAAUUCAACGAGAUCGAUGUGACUUACAACCCUGAAAGCUGCCAGGAUGUGCUGGAUGUUUGCUGUCGCGAAGUGGAUUCCCUGGUGGUACCGCUGAACAACACGCCCGGUCAGCCACCGGCAGGUAAACCGAAGGGUUGCGGUCUGCGCAACAUCGGGGGAAUCGAUUUUACGUUGACUGGUAACUUUAACAACGAGGCCGGUUUCGGUGAAUUCCCGUGGACGGUGGCCAUCGUAAAGACGCUGGAUGGUAGCAGCAACUGCGGUGGUUCUCUGAUCCAUCCGAACCUCGUCCUUACCGGUGCACACUGUGUCCAGGGAUUCCGCCAAGGUCAGCUGAAGAUCCGGGCCGGUGAAUGGGAUACGCAGACGACCAAGGAACGUCUGCCGCACCAGGAGCGAGCGGUCGUACGAGUCAAUACGCAUCCUGAGUUCAAUCCUCGCAGUCUGGCCAAUGAUAUCGCCAUCCUGGAGCUGGACAAACCGGUGCAGCUGACGGACCACAUUAACGUGGUCUGUCUACCGCCGGCCAACUAUGAUACACGCCGUUCGGAUUGUUUUGCCACUGGUUGGGGCAAGAAUCAGUUCGGAGUGGCGGGCAAGUACAGUGUGAUCAUGAAGAAGGUCCCACUGCCGUUGGUCGCUUCGUCGACUUGCGAGCGCCAAUUGCAGGCAACCCGGCUCACCAGCCGGUUCCGGCUGCAUCAGACGUUUAUCUGUGCCGGUGGCCAGCAGGGAGUGGACACGUGUGAAGGUGACGGAGGUGCACCGCUCGUGUGUCCGAUCGGUGCGGCCGCCGAUAGUCGCUAUGCUCAGGUCGGUGCCGUGGCCUGGGGCAUCGGUUGUCACGAUGCUGUACCGGCCGUUUACUCCAACAUUAUUCUCUUCCGAUCGUGGAUCGAUAAUAUCGUCCGAACGCUCGGUUUCGAUACGUCCGUUUACGAUCCGGUACAAUCUGCCUUCUCGGGACUGUUCUGAGGCGUUUUGCUCAGCUGAGAUGACUCUAGAUUUUAAUAAAUGAAUACUGACGAGGUCAGUUUAUGAACGC